AAAACAUCACAGCCAUGACUCUUUGGCCCCGCCCCUAAGUGACGCAUGCGUGGAGGAUAUGUUCUUCGCAGCAAAGUCCUCCUUUACUCCACACACGCUUCUAAGCCUCGGCACAUCUACUAACUACACUUUAUUCAUCCUCCGUGUCAGCAUCAACUCCACUCGUCUCACUCAACUUUGGACAUUAUUAGGCCCGCUUAGAUUGCUCCUUGUUUGAGCGCGCUAGUUAGCUUAGCAUGCUAGUUAGCUUAGCUUGUUAGCCGCUAACAAAGAGACGCGGAUUUGAUCAACACAUCGCUUAGUUAAGAUCAAGUGUGAGUGUAAAGUGUUGUGAUUGUGUGAAAAUUUGUGAAAGAACCAUAGCAGAGUACGAGGAGGAACUUUCUCGGACAAAAGAUGACAACAUGAGACUACGUCAACUACUGGAGGCUGUUUUCAAGAAACCUCAAGUUGUUUUACACAGAACAGCUGUCAAAGAGGCAGCUGUGACUUUCUUGACUCCUCCAUGGCUUCCCUCAGAGACACUGGCGGUCACCACACCCCUCCGACUUUCAGACCUCAAUGAAGCACAUCGUCCUCGUGAGCAGGAGGAGGAACCACAGUCCCCCCACAUACACGAUGAAGAAAAGGUACCACAUUCCCAACACAUCAAAGAGGGAGGAGAGGAGCCACAGCCCCCCCACAUUAAAGAGGAACAUGAGGCGCCACAGACCCAUAAUGUUAAACUGACCCUUCACAAUAAAGGGCAAGUGGAGGACCCACUGAUCUUACACAUCAAAAAGGAAGAGGAGGACCCACUGACCGCCUACUUUAAAGUGGAAGAGGAGGACCAAGAGCCGCCGCACAUUAAAGAGGAAGAGGAGGAAGAGGGCAUCAGUCAGCCUAAAUGGUUGGAGGAGUUCCCAGUGACUGGUGUCCCUGUGAAGAGUGAAGAUGAUGAGGUGAAAGGUGAAAGUGAGGAGAGGGGAGGGGGGGAGCCUCCAAGCAGCAGCUCAACACAACACAUGACAACAGAAGCUGAUGGAGACCACUGUGGAGGAUCACAAGCAGACAAGCUCUUAGCUCCACUAUCAGAUAGUGAGGACACAACGUCACACUCUCCUGACACUGAUGAUGAAGACUCUAAAGAUGAUAAGACAUGUCACACUGACAACACUCACUUCACAUCUUCUCUCUGUCACAAAACCUUUAAAUACCAUUGUAGUCUGAAAUUACACAUGAGAACACACACUGGAGAAAAACCUUUUUCUUGUUCACUCUGUAGUAAAGGUUUUACACAACGUCAGAAUUUGAAGGUACACAUGAGAACACACACCGGUGAAAAACCUUUUUCCUGUUCAAUCUGCGGGAAAGGUUUUAGAGAAAGUCAACAUUUGAAAAGACACAUGAGAACACACGCUGGUGAAAAACCUUUUAUCUGUUCAAUCUGUGGUAAAGGUUUUGUUGAAAGUCAGAGUUUGAAAGUACACAUGAGAACACACAAUGGUGAAAAACCUUUUUCUUGUUCAAUUUGUGGUAAAGGUUUUGCACAAAAUCAGAGUUUGAAAAGACACAUGAGAACACACACUGGAGAAAACCUGUUUACCUGUUCAAUAUGUGGUAAAGGUUUUGUUAAAAGUCAGGGUUUGAAAAUACACAUGAGAACACACAAUGGUGAAAAACCUUUUUCCUGUUCAACCUUUGGUAAAGGUUUUACACAAAGUCAAUGUUUGAAAGAACACAUGAGAACACACACUGGUGAAAAACCUUUCUCCUGUUCAAUCUGUGGUAAAGGUUUUGCACAAAGUCAACAUUUGAAAAGACACAUUAAAACACACACUGGUGAAAAAUCACAUUCCUGUUCAAUCUGCAACAGAAGCUUUUGUGACCGAUCAAAGCUUGUAAGACACAAGGGAACACACACUGGUGAAAAAUCACAUUCCUGUUUAAUCUGCAACAGAAGCUUUUUUCAACGAUCAAACCUUGUAAGACACACUAGAACACACACUGGUAAAAAAUCACAUUCUGUUCAAUCUGCAACAGAAGCUUUUGUGACCGAUCAAAGCUUGUAAGACACAUGAGAAGACACCCAGGAGAGAAAGUGUUGAGUUGCAGUGUGUGUGGUGAAAGAUUGUCUUCUAAGUACCAGUGUAAGAAACACAAGUGUGCUGGUGAGAACAGCAGCAGCAAAUGAAACUGCAGGAUUUGAAAUAAACUGUCCAGACUUUCAUUUUGACUUUCUAACAACAUCAGCACAUAUAACAUGUGUGACAUUGUUGUUUGUCUAACAAUCUGUUUAAUAUGCUUCUACAUUUAUAGAUUUGAUAUUUUAUAUUAGUGCUAUUUUCAGUCAAGUACAUGCCUUAAUAUGCAACAUUGUAUAAUUUUAUUAAAAAAGGGACAGAACAAUUUGAGUAAAAAGGUGAAAGUAAACAGUACAAGACUUAUUUUACAUGGAAAAAACAUUUUGUGUGUAUGUACCCACACACACGCACACACACACACACACACACACACAUAUAUAUAUAUAUUGAAAUAUAUUCAUCAUGCAAUUUCAGAUUCAUAUGAAAUAUUGAAGUAUUACAUAUUUUAUUUGUAAUUGUUAAUAAUCCCAUAGAUUAUCACCUUUAUAUGAUAUACAUAUGUACUGGUUCACAUCUGAAACAUCUUCUGGACCACUUCAGGAAGCAUAUUAUUAUUUACUUUACACAUCAUCUGAACAGUUGUCUUUUAUACAAUUUUAAAAUGUGUUGGGUCUCUAUAAUGUAUUUUAUUCAUUAUCCUUAUUACUUUGUAUUAUGAUGAUUGUGUUGCUAUUGUUUUAUAUGUAUGUCCCCAGACCUUUAUGCAAUAUAAAUGUAAAAGGAUGUUGUUUUUUUUUACAAACUUACAUUUGUGGAUACAUCAAAUAAAUCCAGUAUUGUGUUUUAAA